AUGGGCGCUCCAGCCGAGACCACCGGCGAAGGAGCCACAGUACCGGGGUCGCCGAUUGGAGAAAAGGAAGGCGGGGAGGAACAGACGGCAGUCGAUGAUGGCGAGGCGCUGGCCUGUCUGGGCGACACGGCUGAUGCAGGCGCGGGGGAUGAAGCCGGCAGCAGAGCAGACGAUGCUGGAUUCAGCGGUCGACCAGUGCGGGUGUACGCCGACGGCAUCUUCGACUUAUUUCAUUUCGGCCAUGCCCGAGCCCUCGAGCAGGCGAAGAAGCUAUUCCCGAAUACACACCUCAUCGUCGGAUGUUGCAGUGACAAAUUGACACACAAGUACAAGGGGAAGACAGUGAUGACAGAUGCUGAAAGAUACGAGGCUUUGAGGCACUGCAGGUGGGUGGACCAGAUUGUGAAGGAUGCUCCCUGGGUUGUCACCCCUGAAUUCAUUGAGAAGUACAAGAUCGACUAUGUAGCGCACGACGACCUACCCUACGGUGAUGCCAGCGGUCAAGCCAGUGACGUCUAUGACUUUGUUAAGAAGUCUGGCAAGUUCAAGGCGACCAAGCGGACGGAUGGAGUCUCAACAUCAGAUCUGAUAUUGAGGAUUAUCCGGGAUUACAACGAUUAUGUGCUGCGGAACCUGUCCAAGGGCUACUCCCGGAAGGAAAUGAAUGUCAGUCUUUUCAGGCUGCAGCGCAUACGUGCCUCCCACAACUUGAAGACAUUUCGUCAGCAAUUCCGAGAGCAGCGCAUAAUGCUUUCCAACCGCCUGGAGAAGCGCCUGCGACUGCUGAACCAAGAGCUCUUCGACAGGAAGGCGAGGCAAUUGCUGGCAGACCGCCUGCGUCAGAAUAGCGACGAAUUUGUGCAGAACCUAGAGACUGUCGUGAGCAAAGUUAUCAAGGGGGACUACAGUCGGGGCAUUCAUGUGGCCACGAUGCAGUUUGCCUUUAGCUUGGAUCGGCUUGUAAGCGGAUUCAUUCGCUCCUUUGAGGAGGGGUACUCCAAUUUUGAGAGGGCGAUCAGAAUCACUGUGGAGAAUGGCUUUCGGCCCAGCAAUCGACGGAAGAGGCCUAGGCCAAAGACACAUUGA